GUGUUGGUGUUACUGCUGCUACCUGAGGUGAUGGGCGAGGCAUCUAUUGGUAAAUGCCCCAUCAUCCACCCUCUUCCUAUUUUUCACAAGUAUUAUCAGUCAGGCAGCCUCAUCAUUGCUGGCAUUAUGUCUCAGAUCUUCAUCUCAUCUAAUCAAAUAACAUUCCAAAACCAUCCCUCUCAGGAACUCAUUGAUGAACUCAUUCAUUUCAGUUCAAGCUGGACUUACCUUGCUGCAAUGGAACUUAUCUCUACAUGGGGGAGAUUCUUCCCUAACUACAAGUGUGAUAUUGAGAACAAUGUGAUAGCAGUCAUUGGGGGACCUAACUCUAAUAUAUGUUUCUACAUGACUACCACCCUGGGCAUCUACAAAGUUCCACAGCUCCCAUAUAACUCUGCUCCAUUGAUGAAUUGUAAUAGCGAAGAAGCUUUCUUUCACUGGAUGUUUCCUCAUAGGACCCAUCAAUAUGCAGGAAUUCUAGAAUUACUGGUGUAUUUUAAGUGGACAUGGAUUGGGGUACUUUACAUUGAUGAUGAUAAUGGAGAAGCGUUUGUACAGACUGUCCUUCCCAUGUAUUCCCGCAGAGGUAUCUGCUUUGACUUUAUAGAAAUAUUCCUACAGCUAACCUUUUCCAGUCACAUAGAUAAAAUGAUAGCAAAAGUGUAUGAAAAAAUCCAUAUUGUCAUGGGAAGCACUGCUAAUGUAGCCAUUGUAUAUGGUGAAAUUCAAUCAAUGAUGUUUUUGAGAGCAUUGCUUGAAAUUUCAACAUUUGAGGAGAUAUCAGGCAAGUCCAAAGUGUGGAUUAUGACAGCCCAGAUGGAUUUCACAUCACUUCCACUUCAAAGAAGCUGGGACCUAGACUUCCUACAUGGUGCUUUAUCUUUUGCAAUUCAAACUAAGAAUGUAAUAGGAUUUCAGAAGUUUGUUUGGAUGAGAAACCCUACCUCAGAAAAAGACGAUGGAUUUAUCAAGGUGUUCUGGCAAGAGGCAUUUCUCUGUUCAUUCCCCACUUCUGAGGUUGAUGAUGAAAGAAGGAAAAUCUGCACUGGGGAGGAGAAGCUGGAGACUCUUCCUGGGUCUGUUUUUGAAAUGAGCAUGACUGGCCACAGCUACAGCAUCUACAAUGCUGUCUAUGUUGUGGCACAUGCAUUAGAUGCCAUGCAUUCAUCCAAAUUUAAACACAGAGGAUUGUUGGACAGAAGGAGACAGAAGCUUCUAAAUCAUCAGUUGUGGCAGCUCCAUCACUUUCUGAGAAGGGUCUCAUUUAACAACAGUGCUGGGGAACAUGUUUGCUUUGAUGAGAAUGGAGAAUUAGAAGCCGGAUUUGAUAUUAUCAACUGGGUCACAUUCCCAAAUCAGUCCUUUAUGAGAGUAAAAGUGGGAAGGAUAGACCCCAAAGCUUCCUCCCACAAAGUGUUCACUAUUUAUGAAGAUGUCAUUGUGUGGCCCAGCAGGUUUAACCAGGCACGGCCCCUUUCUGUUUGUAAUGUCAAUUGUCCUCCAGGAUAUCGGAAGACCAUGAAGGAAGGGGAGCAAUUUUGUUGCUAUGACUGUCUUGCAUGUCCAGAAGGGAAAAUCUCAAAACAGAAGGAUAUGGAAGAUUGCUUUCAAUGUCCAGAAGAUCAUUUUCCAAACAAGGAUCAAGAUUUCUGCAUUCCAAAAGUAAUAAGCUUCCUGUCCUAUGAAGAACCUUUGGGGAUCAGUUUGGCUCUUUGUGCUUUCUCAUUUUCGUGCAUCACAGCUUUAAUUUUGGGAAUAUUCAUGAAGUACCACAACACACCCAUUGUCAAAGCUAACAACCGGAGUCUCUCCUACACUCUUCUGCUCUGUCUUCUACUGUGCUUUCUUUGCGGCUUGCUAUUCAUUGGCCAGCCUGAGAAGGUGACCUGUCUCCUCCAACAAACUGCUUUUGGCAUCAUUUUCUCAAUGGCUAUUUCAUGUGUGCUGGCAAAAACCACCAUGGUUGUUCUAGCUUUCAGGGCUAACAAGCCAGGGUCCAAGAUGCAGAAAUGUGCGGGCAGAAGGCUAGUAAUCGCCAUUGUACUUUCAGGAUCCUUUAUUCAAGCCACUAUUUGUACUUUGUGGCUGGGAACUUCUCCCCCUUUCCCAGAUCGUGACAUGCACUCUGUAACUGGGGAAAUCAUUGUAAAAUGUAAUGAAGGUUCAGUUGAAAUGCUUUAUUGUGUCCUGGGUUAUAUGGGGAUCCUGGCCAGUGUCAGUUUUACUAUGGCUUUCCUUGCCAGGAAGUUACCAGACAGCUUUAAUGAAGCGAAGUUUAUCACCUUCAGCAUGUUGUUGUUCUGCAGUGUUUGGAUGUCCUUUGUUCCAACCUACUUGAGCACCAAAGGGAAAUACAUGGUGGCUGUGGAGGUUUUUUCCAUCUUGGCCUCCAGUGCUGGGUUAUUAGGCUCUAUCUUUUUCCCUAAAUGCUACAUUAUUGUGUUGAGGUCUGAUCUGAACAAAAGAGAACAGCUAAUAAGGAGAAAUGUAUGA